AUGCGUAUAAUGGUAUUACUAUUCAUUUAUUUUAGUUGGUCAACAUGCAAUGAAGAUAUUGUCGUGCUUAUUCUAGCUAGAGGUGGUUCCAAAGGAAUACCCUUGAAGAACCUGCAGACAGUAGGUGGUUUAAGUUUAGUUGCUCGAUCCAUUUUAACUGCAAGAAAAGCUGGAUUACUGAACAUAACUGUUUCCACGGAUCAUCCAUUAAUAGCGUUAGAAGCUCUGAAAUAUGGUGCAUCUGUAUUUCGUCGCAGUUCUAUAACAGCUGCUCAUUAUGCGCCUUCUAUUUGGGGUGUAGAAGAAUUUGCUCUUUCUAUGCCACUCGCUAAAAUUAUAGUUUUAUUACAAGCUACUUCGCCAUUUCUUCGGUACUCAGACUUACAAGAGGCGUUAAAGAAACUUCAACAUCCCAGAUCUUACGAUUGUGUGUUUUCAGUUAUAAGCAGACCUCGCAGACAAGACUGGAAUGGUGAAUUAAUAGAAACUGGAGCCUUUUAUGUAUCACGAGUGGAAAUAAUAAAACAAGGAUUUUUGCAAAAUAAAAACUGUACAAUUUUGGAAGUAAGUACAGAAGAAAGUCUAGAGGUGGAUUCGUACUACGAUUUACAAGUUGCUAAUGCAUUACUUAAUUCUAACUUAGUUUCGUCCGAAUAA